GCUCUCUCUACACGUUCGCCCCGAUGUUAAGGCGUUCAUAUGUGGGACCAACGGUUGCAGUAUUCUGAGCACUCCGUUCACAAAUCAUAAACAUCUUAUCGAGGGGCAAGAAGCUCCCUCGGUCCGGAUCGAGCAACCAAUCGGAUGAAGCGGUGAAAGGUGGCGAAUUAGGAUAUGGACAACGUGCGCGACAAAUUCUGAAUGAAUUGCCCACAAAGGUAUAAGGGCGGGCAGCGCACGGCUUAUUGAUCUCUUCACAAACAUCUUCAACAAGAAUGAAGCUCAGACCGCUUAUCAUCCUCUCACUGGGCUGCUGGCAGCUCUGCGCAUAUGCUGCUGGAAACGAUCCAGGUGGCGGAUACCCUCCUCGGUCGAACAAACCGUCCUUGGGAAUGCCUUGGGUGCACGACAAGACAGGCUACCAUCAUGUCAUGGCCGGCUAUCUUGGAACCCAGGACAAGGGCAAGGCGAAAGCAUCAGGCUCUCAAGCCCCCCCAGAGAGACCUCUGCCUCAGCCAAUGUCGCCUGGAUUCGUUCCUCUCAGCAUGGAUCAGGUUGACAAAUAUGAUUUCCUGGACCUCACACUAGAUCAACGGAGUCCCGUGGAGGAACCUCACCCUGAUUACGGUUGGUAUGGGAUGGGGAAGGGUUCCAAUGCUGGGCACAACCCAAGAUCAGACGAAGACACUGCGCAGGCAGUAACAUUUCCGUGGCACGUGUCGAAUGCUCGGCAAAGUCACUACAAUGAUUUGCACCCACAACAUCAGCAAUGGCAAGGGUAUCAGGAAGUCCAGCACCCGCAUCAACCCGUGGGCAUUGAGAACACCAAGGACUGGAGGGAGUCUCAACCCGGACCCAUCGAGGAGCGUGCUUUCUAUUCAGAGCCGCCACAACUUGCAGAGGUGUCACAAUGGGCAAACGAGGAGAGACAUAAGAUCGCUAUGAAUAGGUCUCAGUACGACCUCAACUUCAUGAAUUACGACGAGAGCACAUGGAGUUGGAAGAUGAAGCCCGAAGUAGCGUCCGGACAAAUGACGGUGACGAUAAAGCCCGAUAUUUGGUGGGACCAGGGAAAGGAGGAGGACCCUGUUUCGAAAUAUCAGAGGAUGCGAGCAAAUGAGUUGAUGCAAAAAAAGUCAAGACGGGCGCCAGGGCGCAAGCCGACUCGCUAGAAUCGAGGCAGCGCUCCGCUACCAGCAAUUUGCGUUACGGUUUCUCGGCACUUGAUGGUUCUACUGGCCUUAGUUUCCCUCG